UGACGAGAGUAACAAACAGAGUGAAAGUAACUCAAACCUCGCAGGUCAAGAUGAAGACAUUCAGUGUUGCAGUUGUCAUAGCCAUGAUGCUGGCUUUUAUUUGUAUCCAGGAGAGCUAUGCUGUCCCACUCACUGAGGUUGAAGAACUGGAGGAGCCAAUGAGCAAUCAAAAUCCAGUUGCUAAACAUCCAGAGAUCUCAUUGGACUCUUGGACGAUGCCGUACAACAACAGACAGAAGCGUUCCUUUAAAUGUAAAUUUUGCUGUGGCUGCUGCCAGCCUGGUGUCUGUGGACUAUACACUGAAGUCCCGUCAGUGAUUAGAAAACAGAGGCACGAUGAGUAUAAAUACUGUCACAUCUUCCAUCUCAACCAUCAGACAGAAGAAACAGACAGAGGAUCUGACCAGUGCCAUCCACAGAGUGAGACGAUCAAACAACCUAAAGUUCCAAACAAGAUGAAGACAUUCAGAGUUGCAGUUGUUGUGGCCGUCAUAUUCACGUUUAUUUGUAUCCAGGAGAGCUCUGCUGUGCCAGUCACUGAGCUUCCAGAGGUGGAAGAGGCAAUAAGUAAUGACGAUCCAGCUGCUGAACAUGAGGAGACUUCAGUGGAGUUAUGGAUGAUGCCGUACAACAACAGACAGAAGCGUUCCUUUAAAUGUAAAUUCUGCUGCGGCUGCUGCCAGCCUGGUGUCUGUGGACUGUGCUGCAGAUUCUGAAGAUUCCUGCUUCAAUAAACCAUAAAUAUUAAUUUGUAGUGCUUUAUCCUUUG